AUGACAUCCACAAUCCGUCCCAUUAGUAAACGAUUUCCUCAGUCCAAAAGCUUGUGGGACGAGACGAAUCUUCCCAUGUGUGCCGUUUUGACGCCGCUGGGAGGAAUGGAGAAAUUAUCUACUUCUGGGAAACAAGAACAGCAACCAGACCAAGCACAAACACAAGCACCACUCAAAUUGGCCAACUUGAUACGCUGUUUGAAAUGCGGAGCCCCUCAUCCGACCAUUGACACGUAUGAUUUGUUGGAAGAGGACGAACUGAUCUUUUGUCACUUGUGUGGUGCUCCUUCUUCCUACAACUUUGAAGAACAAGCCAAGAUAAGAACCCACGAUGGUUUGAAGGAAAUGGCAGAGAAUGGAGAAGAAGAAGAUUGGCCCUUUAUUGCGGACGAACGCAAACCCAAAGGCGAUAUCCUUGUGGAUUUGCCACUCUUCAACGAACAAGAUUACUUUUCGGAAUCUGCCAAGGCGUGUCCUCCCGUUUGGUGGAUUGUCUUGGAUGGGACCAUGCCUCAAUCAUCGCCCUAUUGGAAAACCGUCACGGACAGUCUGCAUGCCAUUCUGUUGGCCGACGAUGGCGAGGAUGGUGGCGGUGGUCCACCACCACCCGAAUACGCACACAUUGGAUUGUUACUAGCAAGUCAAGAUACUCUAUCCACUUGGGAUUUGUCCAGUCCAGUGCCACGCGUGUCUCAUUAUCCCUUGGAAGCAGCAGCAGCAGCCACGGAAAAGAAGUCGACCGACGAACACCUGAAGAUUCCAGUCGACCUGAAUUUGACUCCCAUCGAUCCACUCUACGAACCGAGUGUCCAAGCCACACUUCGAGCCGUCUCGGACAAUCCCAGCUUGAAAGAUAAUGUUGGAAAUACGAAUUCGGCCGAAACUGGAAUGGCCUUGGGAGCCACCAUUGAAACCAUUUUGGAAUUUAUGGAACAGGCCAAACAUCCUGGAGAUACCUUGGAAGGUGGCAAAGAUGAAAUGGAUUCGACUCUGCUCUAUGCGGGAGGAAAGAUCACCUGUCUCUUGGGACGACCCCCAUUGGAAAUUGAACCAUUGGACCGAGAACCACAGUCGCACUUUGGAAUGGGAGGCAUGGGAGGUGGGAUUCACGAUGCCAUGCACUCGGACAAGUUUGCCCAAAUGCCCGAUGUACACGAUUCCAGUGAUUUGACACCUACCAAUCUGGCUAGCUACUGCAAACCAUUGCGACCAACCGAGGAUAUUUUUGACAUUAUUGGCACACGAUGUGCCCAUGCUGCCUUGGGGGUGGAUAUUGUGGUGGUGGAAGACAACGAACCAACAGAAUCAAAUCGUCACUUCAUUCGACCAUUCUAUGGUUUGCCUCUUUUGCGAGUCUUGUCGGAUACAAGUGGAGCUCCAGGACCCCUGAUGAUUGACAAUUCGGUGGAUCUGACCCACCAAGUUCGAGUCCGAACGCCAUGGCAACCGGGAAUGGCAUUUGCGACGGAAAUGAGAGUCCGAACCAGUCCAGGAUGGGGGGUCGAAACUUCUCCCAUUGAAUCAAUACCCAAGGCCACCCACCAAAUGGCAAUUUUCUUGUCUUCGUCAGGGGUUUCUGGACCAGCCAUUGCCACCAAUGACAAUUUCUUUCUCUUGGGAACCUGUGACAAACAUACCAGCGUCACUUUGGAUCUACAAAACACGGAUCCCCGUCGCCAUGUCAAGUUGGAACAAAAACUCUAUGGCCUUCGGGGGCGAGUGGGUCUGAAAGUCAUGCUCAAACCAGUGAUGCAGACUUGCAUUGCGUAUACCUGCAUCGAAGGAUCAUCAGGCCGGGUGGUUCGACGAAUGAAAAUAAGUUAUUGCCCCAUGCCCAUGGCCACGGAUGUGGAAUCCAUCUACAACUCGAUCGAUCCAGAAGCCUUGGCAGCGGCUCUCUUUCACAAACUAGCCUUGAAUGUGUACGAAGAAGGUACUGUGAGUACUCAACAAGUUGGAAUUGACUGGCUGAAGACACUCUUGGUGUGCGUCUAUCAGUCAGCCUUGAAUGUUUUGGAAAAUGAAGGCAAGAAGAAACUAGGCAUGCCCAAUUACCAAGAGACUCAGGAAGAGUACAGACGGAACCCUUUCGAUGCCAGUCUUCGAGUUUUGACGAGUAGUGGUGAUCAAAUCAUGACACUCAGUCCGAGAAACAAGGGUGACAAGAAGAGUCUGGAGGUGGAUGAUGUACUGUUGGGACAAGGACACCGCCGUGUCGCAUCACUUGCACUGGUAGUUUUUUCCUUGCUCCAAUCUGAUGCACUUCGGCCGUCUCCCGGUGUUUCUGCGGACGCUCGAUGCGCGGCCAUUGCCAAUAUGGCCUCGAUGACACCAAGGGAUUUGGUCAAGUGCAUUGCUCCGUCUUUGUCUCUUUGGUCUUCCAAGGAUGAUGCUCCAGUUGCGCGAAGUAUUGAUCUAAGCCUAAUGGAGGCCAUCAAGACCUUUAAACGUGGUGCGGCAGGCAAGAAGGGUGACUUGAUCUUUGUAUUGGAUUCCCCGCAGCAAUUGUUGGUCUACAAGGGAAGUUUAAAGGCACACGAGGAAACCAAAAAGUUCAAAUUGGGGCUCAAGCCAUAUGUCCCCAAGUCUCCAAAAUUGAUGGGGAUGAUCCAAGCCAUGACCUCGAGUUAUCGUGUCAAGCCAUUCACUACUCUAGAUUCUGAUAGUAAGAGCGAGACUGCUUCCUUUCGCCGAUUUAUCCAAAACAUGAUUGAAGACAUGCCAACCGCAGACCCAAUGGAAGGAGAAGGCAGUGGCAAUUUCAAGCAUUGGAAGUCGGACAUGGCACAGUUGGUCCAAGCAGAACUGGAAGAAUUGGGUUUGCUUGGUAGUUGA